CUAUCGUGGCUCUUGCGUUCUCUGAAGAUGGCGGCAGCUGCGGGAAGGUUGCUCUGGUCCUCGGUGGCUCGGCCUGCGAGCACUAUUUUCCGGAGUAUUUCUGCCUCAACAGUUCUUAGGCCUGUUGCUUCUAGAAGAACCUGCUUGACAGACAUGCUGUGGUCUGCCUGUCCCCAAGCAAAGUUUGCCUUUAGCACCAGUUCUUCAUUCCACACCCCUGCUGUCACCCAGCAUGCGCCCCAUUUUAAAGGUACUGCUGUUGUCAAUGGAGAGUUCAAAGAGCUGAGUCUCGACGACUUUAAGGGGAAAUACUUGGUGCUUUUCUUCUACCCUUUGGAUUUCACAUUUGUGUGUCCUACAGAAAUUGUUGCUUUCAGUGACAAAGCCAAUGAGUUUCAUGACGUAAACUGUGAAGUAGUUGCUGUUUCUGUGGAUUCCCACUUCAGUCAUCUUGCCUGGAUCAACACGCCAAGAAAGAAUGGUGGUUUGGGCCACAUGAACAUCACGCUGUUGUCGGACUUAACUAAGCAGAUAUCCCGAGACUACGGAGUACUGUUGGAAAGUGCUGGCAUUGCGCUCAGAGGUCUCUUCAUUAUUGACCCUAAUGGUGUCAUCAAGCACCUGAGUGUCAAUGACCUUCCGGUGGGCCGAAGUGUGGAAGAAACACUCCGUUUGGUAAAGGCGUUCCAGUUUGUGGAGACCCAUGGAGAAGUCUGCCCAGCCAACUGGACACCAGAGUCCCCUACGAUCAAGCCAAGUCCAACAGCUUCAAAAGAGUACUUUGAGAAGGUCCAUCAAUAAUAGGUCAUCCUAUGUCUGCUGUUUACCUGAAGCUUCUCAUGCCAAAAGAGAGCCCCAGCUGGAAUCCUGAAGAUUAUUUAUAGAAUGGCAAAACCUCACCAUGCUUGUGUUUAUAAGUACUGCUCCAUGGGCUUUGUAAUUUUAAGACAGGUUCAGGUUAAAGGUGGCCAGCUCCUUCCAUAGCUGUCCUUACUAGGGACUUCUUGAUGGCUACCAAUUCUCUACAAGUGCUUGGUCCCCAUUUCUUAGAUCAUGUCUUCAGAGGGUUAAGAUUUCUUAGCCUGCCCUGAAGCUUGGUCUACAGUGAAGUAGCACAUAGCACCAGUACUUAGUGAAAUGAAGUAGCACAUAGCGCCAGCACUUAGUGAAAUGAAGUAGCAUAUAGUGCCAGCACUUAGUGAAAGCUUCUGAUCAAGGUCCUGAAAUUUCCUCUUGGAUUUUUGUUAAUUAUGCUGAAUUUCCCAUUAUUUUUUAGUGUAGUCAUUAACUCACAGUGUCCUUGUGUGUUCUAAGGUAUUGAUGAGUUAUAAUCAUGAAGGACUAUGUUUCUAAAACACUAUGUCAUUUUCUUUUCUUCAAGUGCUGGAUGUAAAGAAUAAAAAUAAACAUUAAGAUA